AUGCGCGCCUUGAUGUGUCUCUGUCUUUUCAUUGGCACCAUUGAUGCCCUGGAUAAUGCCUACUUGCCAGCCAGCCAGAUCUAUGCCCCACAAAGACCCGUUGCCACGGAAUAUUUCACGUAUACAGCACCACCGGAAGAUGGGGAUACUGGGGCUCCUCUCCACCAGGCAGCUCGACAACUGGCCAAAGCUCUAUCACCCGCCCAGCAAGUUGUGUUCAUACGAACACCGGAAACUAAUCUCUACACGUUGACAGCAAAACAACUAGCCUCACGCAAUGCCUUGGAUAUCUUUGUAUUGCAACGGCAAACGGAUGCAUCGGCGCUUUCCCAACAGCAAGCUGCCAUUGAGCAACAAUUACGGCAAAAGCCGAGCGUUCACUUUGUAAAAUAUCGCACCCCAGCCGAUGUAAGUCGAGCAUUGGCCACUCUGAGGGGAGGCUAUGACCAGUUGCCGGGCAAGAGCAUCAGUCACGCCAUCGAAAGUGCCGAUGUCUUUGAGCUAAACCCACCACCACCAACUAGACCGCCAUUGGAUCGUGUCAUAUUCAAGAUCCUGCCCAAAGACGGCUCCGAGUAUGAGACACACGAAGAAGCCAAUGAACUAGAGACCGCUAAGGUACAGGCCCUCUUUAGGGAGUAUCUGCCGCCCAGACAACGUCGUUAG